AUGGACCAUAGUUUUUUAUCUCGUUCCCUCUGGAACAGUGAGGGUAAAUUCCUCCAGCACCACGCGACAGACCUCUAUACCAGCGUGCACGUCACUCGCAACAUCCCUGCUGGGGCACAGUUCGGCCCGUGCAUCCUUCAGAACACAUUCUAUGACACCAUCGCCUUCAUAGCGCUCAAAUCCCGCGACAAGAGAAGCAAAUCAUACGUGUUCAGGGUGGACCCCGAGGCUAUGCGGAGCUCUGCUCUAGUGUUGUCCUGGCUGCGGCUGGUGCAGGCGGCGUGUGGCAGGGAGGAACAGAACACGGAAGCGUUCCUGAAGGGAGGCCAGCUGUAUUUCCGGACCACCAGGGACAUACGUCAGGAAGAGGAACUGUUGGUGUGGUAUGACCAGGAGUUGUCACAUCUACUGGGCUUCACUGACAUCUUAACCAGAGGACAAAAUGAAGAGCUUAAAUGCGCAACAUGUAACCAGGUCUUCAAGAAUGAGCAUCCCUAUUUGGCCCACUGCCGCUUCCUGUGCGCGCAGGUGAAGUAUGACGCGCUGAGCAGAGAGGCCUACGAACACAAACACAUGGAGAUAAAGCGGCAACGACGCGUCACAGACUUCCACAACAUCGCCAGGGAUCUGGAACAUAAAAGAUACGGCGCCAGUGAAGACGCUGAGAUUUCCCCGCGGAAAUGGAAACACGAGGAGACGGGUUAUCCCCGAUGGAGGAAACCUGUUCUACUUGAGAAAACCAACAUAUCGAACAACAACAACAUCACACAGGUAACCAGAGAAGACCACCUCACUGCGCCAGAGUCAACUGGCUCUGCCUUGAAACUGAAGGCGGAGAAGUACCAGCUCAAAAAGGACCAUGUGGAAUGUAAAAAUAGUGCGUUUACAGAGGUUGGAGCAGCGAAAAUGAGUUUUACGCACGAGAAAGAAAAGCCUACGGAGGCUGAUUCUGAGACAGUGCGGGAGAUGAGUGCUGAUUUAAACGCAAACAGCAACAGCAGUGCCUUUUCAUUCGUUCUGCGCAGUGGAGCGGAGGAGCAGAAAAGCGCUUUCUGUAAACCCUGUAAAAGGACUUCUAACGGUUCUACAGCGCACCCAUCCAACACAUUACCUGCUCCAUUGAACCGCCUAGAGGAAGUGAGAGACGUUUUUACCUCAAAGACGGUUCUGGGAUACAACAAUCUGUUGGCUACUAAUAUGUUGAAUGGUGAUUUACCUCGCGCACAGACCCUACCCACACCGGUUAAUGGAAACGCUUUCCCGUACGCGCCAGAGCACUGGUCCAGGAGCAUUGGAGACCAACUACAAACCACGUCGUCUUUAACAAUUCUUCCACCAACGUUUACCUCCAUUGGGGUGUCAGUGCAAAACUGGUGCGCCAAGUGUAACCUCUCCUUCCGCAUGACGUCUGACCUAGUGUUACACAUGCGCUCGCACCACAAGAAGGAGUUCGCGGCGGAGUCCCAGGUGAGGAGGAGGCGAGAGGAGAAACUCACCUGCCCUAUCUGCCACGAGUUCUUCCGGGAACGGCACCACCUUUCACGUCACAUGACAUCGCACAAUUAA